AUGAAACCAAAUGGAAUAGUCCUUCCGGAUCGGCCACCGCACAUUGAAGGCAUGAAUCCACCUUACCAGAUCGGGGACAGGAUCAACGUUACAUGCACAUCGGGUCCCUCAAAACCUGCCGUCCAACUCAAGUGGAUCAUCAAUGGAAUAGAUGUAGCACCGGAUUUCGAGAUCCGUUACCCCCAGAUACGUCAUUCGGGUGGAUUGCAAAGCACGAAAAUAGGAUUAGAAUUUGAACUGGAUCCAAGUCAAUUCUGGCAAUCGGAGAUGCAACUACGCUGCAUGGCAUCUAUAGCGCAAGUAUACUCGAGUAACAGUGAAGAACUGGUAAUCGGAGACAGAGGCACUGACAUCGUUCCUUACCAUAUAUCCCAUACCGCUCCGGGUCAACACGGGCCAAACAUUAAGGGAAACCUUCCAUGGUACGAUGUGGGUGACAUCGUAGACGUAAACUGCAGCACAGUUUAUCCCGCCGAAUUGACGUGGUACGUUAAUGACUACGAGGCUCAACCGGACUACGUGAUCAAAUAUCCUGUCAGAAAAAAGCCCAAUGAACCCGACAUGUCAGUUUUGGGACUAAAAAUGAGAAUAGAACAUUAUCAUUUUAGGAGUGAUGAAUUGAGGCUCAAGUGUACGGCCACUCAAUACAAAAUGAUCACUUCUAGCAGCGAAAAGAUAUUAAGGAGCGGAAACCAGCAAAACAGUGGGUUUCACGCCAUUGAAAAUACUGGCUCAGGCAGUUACUACCGACAUAUCAGGUGGUGGGCACUACAAACUCUAGUUAUGACCAUGAUUAAACUGUCCAGUUCAGUGUACCACUGAUUAAGUCUGUGAUCAACCAGUAGCCUUCAUGGAAACAAGGACAGCCGGCCAAUUGGAUCAUUGGUGAGAUGUCAGAAGUGCCGUGAAGUAGCCAUGUGUUGGUGGACCCACAUGCCGGCAUAACGUAUGCAAAUUCGUGUUUCAAACUCUGUACAUACGGGACAGUGUUUAUAUUGUGCACGAUCCAUAUCACGUGGUUUGUGUGCAAUCGGAUAAUCAAGAAAAUUCCAAUAUUUGGACGGUCCAUAGGGGGUCGAAGGUCAAAGGCAGGUGGUGAUAGCGUUCGGGGUCCGUUUAUUGAACUAUGCACUUUGAUUAUUCAACCCGAUAAACGUACAGUUUUGCAUAGUUUGUGUUCUCCGUUCCUCAAAAAAAUAGAACUAGAACUCAAAGUUGGAACGGAAGAAAAACUCUUCUCCUUCAAGGAAUGCUUGAUCCUAGCACCACCUGUUAGCCUCGGAUAUGUAAAUAUAUAUAAAUAAAUAUAUAUAUAUAUAUAUAAAUGAAUUUACAAAAAACUGAAAUGUGUACCGAUAAGGUCUCAACUGCAAGGUACAAUCAUCUUGUAGAAGCGUUGACAACUUGUAAAUCCAGGUUGCAGCCCUAGAUGCCCUUCACAGUUCUUUGUAUCCCUCCUUAUCGAUGGCGUACAAAAAAACUUGGUACAGUAAAUGUACAGUUCUGGGACAUUUUUUGUUUUCACCAUCUCGCAAUUUUUCGAGAAUCAUUCCUGUGAUGCGCCAGAUUUAUCAAAUAAAUCUUACUGCGUCGCCGAAUUUCUUACCUGAAGGAGAAAUUCAUGUUAUUUUUGCCAAUAACUGUAUUAUUUUCA